AUGUUUGAACUUGAGGACUUGCUUCGAACCUUUGUUGAAAUGCUUGGAAAGAGCGGGCUUGGGACCGUGUACAAAGUUAUGCUGGAUGAUGGGAACGUGGUUGUGAUAAAGAGACUGAAGGACGCACAAAUUAUAGGAAAGAUGGAGUUUGAGCCCAAUUGGUGGGAGAUCCAACGGCUACCAUGUGUCGAGGCUUCAGAUGGUAGAAAACAUACUCAAAAGCCUAACAUGUACUCUUUUGGUGUGCUCCUGCUGGAGAUGCUGAUAGGGAAGUUCCCCUACAUGGUUGACAGUGGUAUUAAUCCCUUAUGUUAG